UCAUCAAAGCGAACUCGAUCUCAUAAAAUUUUUAAUAACUUUCAGAAGUUGAUUAUUUGAUUCUGCCGCAGCCAGUGUAACAAUGAGUAAAUUUUCGAGUGAUGAGAUUAAACAAGAUUUUAAUUUGGAGCAGUGCGUAAAAAAUAUCGACGGAGGGGAUUAUUUCACGAAGGAGGAGAUUUCGGAGUUGUACGAGACCUUCACUUCUGUCGACAAAGAUUCGAAUGGGACCAUUGACUUAAGUGAACUCAAGCUGUGCUUGUCUUUAGUCGGAAUGAAAUUGAGAGACGAGCAGGUGCGUGAAGUGAUGGAGGAAGUAGACACAGACAACAGUGGGGAUAUUGACUUCCAGGAGUUCAUCCGCCUACUCGCCAGCAGAGCCUCAGACUCCUCGGAGGAGGAGGACCUCAGAAUCGCAUUCGAUAACUUCGACCGAAAUCACAGUCAUUAUAUUGAAGCAGAAGAUCUCAAAGCACUUCUUCUGUCUCUGGGAGAGAGAGUGAAUGACUCAGAUGCAGCUGAGAUGAUCAGGAUGGCAGAUUUAGACGGAGAUGGCAAAGUCAGUUUUGAAGACUACUUCAAUUUCAUCCGCAAAAUAUAAUCAGAAGAAAAAACAGAAAAAUCCUAAUUUCAUCAAAUUCAAAACGUUUUAUUUUAAAUGUUUUUUAUUUUAUUUGAAUUUUAAUUAUCACAUUGACA